AUGGCAGGCAGGUUCUCUCUACCUGAGGAGGACCUCACCUGCCCCAUAUGCUGCACCAUCUUCAGGGACCCGGUGGUCCUCAAGUGCGCCCACAGCUUCUGUGGACCCUGUCUGCAGCAGUACUGGACUGCUGGGAGGGGGCGUGACUGUCCCCUGUGCAGGACCCAGAGCCUGGAUGACCCGGUGCCCAGCCUGACCCUGAAGAACCUGUGCGAGUCCUGCGUGCAGGAGGAGAGUCGCGAUGACGAGGAUCCAGGGGCGGAGCUGUACUGUGAUCCAGGGGUGUGCCCCCUCCAUGGGGAGAGGCUGAAGCUGUACUGCUUGUUGGACAAGGAGCCGAUCUGUGUUGUGUGCCACACCUCGAGGAAGCACAAGCAGCACGACUGUUGUCCCAUAAGUGAGGCACUUCUGGAUGUGAAGGAGAAGAUGAAGUCUGCUCUGAGCUCGUUGCAAGAAAAAAAGGAUUCAUUUGAAAAAAUGAGAGGAAAUUAUGAAGACACGGUGGAACACAUUCAGGUCCAGGCUCAAUUCGUGGAAAGGCGAACCCGUGAGGUGUUCGGAAAACUCCACGACUUCCUUCGUGCCGAAGAAGAAUCCAGAAUGGAGGCGCUGAGGAGGGAGGCGGAGCAGAAGACCACAGAGAUGAGGCAGAGGAUUGAGGAAAUUGGGACAAAUAUAUCAUCCAUGUCUGAAACCAUCAGAGUUUUGGAGGAGGAGAUGGCUUCGGAGGACAUCUCUGUACUUCAUAAAUCCUGCAGUACACUGGCAAGAGCAAACAAUCCAGUUGAAGAUCCAGUCAUGGCUGCUGGAGCGCUCAUAGAUGUGGCCAAAUAUGUUGGCUCUUUAACGUUCCAAGUGUGGGAAAAGAUGCAGAAAAUUGCCAAAUACACUCCAGUCACUCUGGACCCCAACACCGCGGCCCCCUGGCUCGUCCUGUCAGACGACCUCACCAGUGUCUGUGACAGCGACGAGAAGCAGCGGCUGCCCAACAACCCGGAGAGGUUCCACCCCGACACGGCCGUUGUGGGCCGGGAGGGCCUGACCUCCGGCAAGCACGCCUGGGAGGUUAAUGUGGGAGACAACACAGCCUGGGUGGUGGGCGUGGCCAAAGAAUCCAUCAAGAGGAAGGAGAAAGUCACCUCAGUCUUGAAUAACGGCUAUCUGUGCGUGUAUUUUUACCACAAAAUGUACUUCGCCGGCACCUCGCCUUUGACGCGACUCAGCUUGAAGCGGAAUCCGCAGAGGAUCCGAGUGCUGCUGGAUUGCGACAAAGGCAGGCUGUCGUUCUACGACCCGCACAACAACACGCACAUCUACACCUUCAAACACCCCAUCACUGAGGCGGUCUUUCCUUACCUCUGGGUGGGCUGCCAGACGUGUCCUUUGACGGUCGAACCCAUGGAAGUGUCCCUGAAAGUUGCGGAGUUUUGCUAAGAGUCCAUCUGAUUCAAAUAGUACCAUUUCUAAGCUUUAGAGCGGUGAUGUUGCACAUUUAUUUAAAAAUAAAGCACUAAAAUAUUUGCAUUUUGAAUAAUUACCACUUAAACUUAAUCAUGCACACUGAACAUGAGACUAACAAUCCUUUCUGCACUUUUUGAAAGCCUAACCAUCUAGAAAAUACUAUUUAUAUGUAUUACAGUAGUCCCUUGAUUAUCGCAGGGUCACGUUCCAGAC